GCUUUUGAACAUAAAUUAUAUUUUAGUGAAAAUGCGCGUUCCCUCGUGAACGCGCACGCAAGAUGGGCUUUUAAAAAGGGGGGCGCGUAGGCGCGCGCACGUUGACUCUUUGUGUAGCAGGAUAGAGAAGCCCAAAUACAAUUAGGUACCAUGGCCGACGAAAAGCCCAAGGAGGGAGUGAAGACGGAAAAUAAUGAACACAUCAAUCUCAAAGUGGCUGGACAGGAUGGCUCAGUAGUGCAGUUCAAAAUCAAGAGACACACACCACUCAGUAAACUGAUGAAGGCAUACUGUGAAAGACAGGGUCUGACCAUGAGGCAAAUUCGCUUCCGGUUUGAUGGACAGCCCAUAAAUGAAACAGACACACCUUCACAGCUGGAAAUGGAGGAUGAAGACACAAUUGAUGUUUUUCAGCAACAGACUGGAGGCUUCUUCUAAAAGGGUGAAGAAUGUUCCUCUUCUCCACCCCUCCAACUUAUACAGCUGCACCUCCUCACUUUUCCCCAAUAUCAUGUUCAAGUCGAAUCCGUUCCAAAGCAGACCAUCUCACAGUUUAAUGGAUCUGUGGUUAUACAUUGGGGCUCUUUUAGUUUCAUUUAGAUUUUUUUGUUUUUUGUUUUUUUUGUACAUAUAUUGAUUUUGCAAGGCAAAUGCUACAUCUGAAAAAUGUUUAAGUGUAUUGCUGCAUAAUGUUCCAAGCCCACUAUCCUGCCACAGUCUGCUUUUACUAGAGGUUAGGUUUCAGGUAUGUUGGUGUUUUGUGCUGUGAGGAGACAAGGGAGUCCAAUAGGGAGUAAGUAAGCUUGGGUUUCUCUGUUGUGUGUCCAUGCAUCGCUAGUGUUCCUACUUCAGUCACAUGUUAGUCACAUUGCGAUCUCAUUGGAUGAUUGGAUACCAAACAAAAUCUUUAUGGUAGCCUUAUCCAGCCUUAUCUAUUAAACUAUGCUAACAGGUGUUAAGUGAACAUGUUAAGUUAAGUUAACAUGAGCCUAACUUUAAGUAAGAUUGCUGAUUCCUUUGUCCAAAGCUGUACAUCACACAAUAUACAUAUUACUACAUUGUUAUCGCUCAUACUCUUAAUUCAGCUCAUCACCAUGGUAUUAGCUUGCAAUUAUUUCAUAACUAAGGUGGCUGGUGCUAUACAAACCAAAUUGUUUGGCUGACAAAUUAGGUAAUUUCUAAGGCCAUUUGCAAUAAAUUUGUUUAUCCUGUUAUCGUGAACCAAAUCUAAAUAUGUGUGCUGAAUUCUGCACUGUACCUAAAUAGAUCUUAGAGUAAAGUUAAGAAGGACAUACAUACAAACCCAAAAUUGCAUCUUAUCUAAUUAGGGUUAGAUAAAUAAAAUGAGAUACGAUGUGAUGGGCAAUGAGAAAGCAGGGUAGCGGACAGGAGGGCGCUUGACGAGGUAUGGACACAAAUAAAUCAUUGCUUCCAUUGGACAAGAAUAUAUGAACAAAUAUCUCCAUUUACGUACACGUGUAUAUGAAUGGAACUGUAAAACCCUAACUUCAUAACCAUGUAUAUUUUGUUUUGCUGGAAUGGUGAGUGGAGAAUGUGUGGCACCCCAAACAGAAAAGAGAUUUACAGUAUAUACCAGCACACCAGUAUUUACAUGACAUGAUAUGGAGACAGAACAACACAACCUUCAUUCUGAAUGCUUGUACAGUCAUUUGUUUGGUUUGCUUCCUGACAGUCUUCAGGUCAUGAUUAGCCUUACAGUGAAUUUCAGAAAGUUGCGCACCACUUUAGAAGCCAUAAGCCGUUUUGAUUAUGACCGGAAGGGGUUGCACCGUUUGCCUCAUUCCCUGAAAUUAGAGUGGCUCCUCACCCAACUUUUCUGUUGUUUCCGAAUAUUUUAUAUCUUUAUAUAUAUAUAUAUAUAUAUAUAUAUAUUAUAAAUAUAAAUAUAUAUAUUGUAGCAGUUGUGUAUAGUAUGGAACUGGUUGGAAUAGGAUAAGGAUAAGAAAACCCUAAAGGAUGUUUCAUUCAAGAUGAGUAUCUGUAUUGUGGAAUACAUUUCUUGUUAAAAUAAAGUUGUUCAUUUUUUAAA